AUGAAUAGAAAAGGAGAUGAAAUUACUACUUUGUGGUUUUGUGCUAUUGCCUCGGGGUUCGGAGCAUUUGGAAAAUUAGUUGCAAUAAUCGUCUUUUCAAGCAUUUUUGGAUUUACAAAGGGUGUAGAAGUUGAAAAUAGGAGACGUGGAGGGAUGCAGUCUGUGCCACACACACAGGAAGGUAAAAAAAACUGGGGUCUGAAGGAGCACUAG